AUGACAAAGAAUCCCGAGUUAUAUUCUUCGCCGCCCUCCUUACAAGGUGCAAACGGAUUCAAUGACAGUCAGUUGAAUCCAUUAAGUUCCAUACUCUUACCAACGGAGCCGCUUUACCUCAAUAAUAACUCCGCGAGGACUUCCUCAUCGGGCACCGCUUCUCCAUCUUUGUCCAGUGCCCAGUAUCAGAACGGGCCACAGAACACAUUGUUUGACAAGGAAGGCGCUUCGUUUGGAACAACACGUUAUUCGGCUGUCUUCUCUGAGAAUCAAGCCAGUUUUGGGCCUGCAAUCGGCACUGUUGCUGAAGAGUCAAGCUUGCGAGCCACAUUUGUCAGUCCGAAAGGUCCAGGAGUCGAUAUGAGCAAUUCUCAGCGAGAACUGGCCAUCAUCACUCUCUUGGAUUUUCCGACAUUCCGUACGUGUGAAAUUCUGAUGAAGAACAUCGACUCCUUUCACGAUAUUUGGAUUUCUCCAUUCAUGAUCCGGCAUUGUCUGGAUCAGCUCUGGACGGAUUACGGUCAUUGUCUGGGGAAUGAUCGCUCACGAGCUUCGGUAUUGGAACUGGCGGAUGAACUGAUCGAGAAUGGUAAGACUUCAUUACCGCAGCCUAGUCAACCAGAAGAAAGAGAAUUCAAUUGGGGCAACUGGUUUGGCGGUCCACGGUUACGAUGGGAGAUGAUUGGGAUCUUGUUCACGUGGGCUGGGAUGGCUUUCAAGCAUCAGCAGGAUUGGGAUUCGAUUUUCGACUUGCCCGAGCAGGAGGGAAGGAAUCGAAAUACUUCAGCCGAAAAAAUGAGGGUUGGUGCCAAAGCUUGUUUGCAGCUUUGUGAAGACUUUUCAGAAAUCAAUGAAGUUAUCGUAGUUCUCAUGAAGAACUUCGCAAAGCUACAUAGCAUGAUCAUUAGCGACGAAAGCGAUCGUUUGAGAAUGCACUUCGGGGCGACAGGAAGUGCGAUUGUCACCAGUGGGCUACACAGACAAUCGUUUUCUAGAGAAAUUACACCGCUCUCUCAGCACAGAGCACGGCUGGCAACUUCUUUCUUCCACCUUGAUAAGUGCGACAGCUUAUUUCUUGGCCGUCCUCCAAUCCUAGAUCAGCGGUAUUGCCAUAUUCCUCAACCACUUGAUCUGUCCGAGGAAGACCUGUAUUCUGGUCCGGAACGAUUGGCGGCUGCCGUACGAAGGCUUGACUCCGAUGGUUGGAACACCGAUAAGCAAAUAUCCUCAGUAACGUGUCUUCGUGCUGUUUCGCUGUUAACACCUAUCCGAGAGGAGAUCCUUCAAUUGUCAUUGAGCGCAAAUAUACAGUACUCGAAGUCACAAAUUGAGACUUUAGUGGUUCAGCUUGAGCAAAUCAACAACACGUAUCCUGAGCAUAUCCGGUACCGAAGUCUGGAAAAGACUGCCAAUCCGGUUCAGACAAGGCCGCCUCAUGAAAUUUACUUGGUCACUCGAAUUCAACUGGAUGUUCUACAGUGUGCCUUUUUAUUGCAACGUCUACUGGUCUCAAGUGGACUCUCAAAUGGGCAAGCACUCUUCAACGUCGCUCAAGAGAUGAUAUCAGUUGUUCUCUCAUUGUGGUCAGACCGAGAGCAACUGAGAGUUUAUAAUUAUUCGUUCGAUUGGAUUAUCCUAUCUUAUGGAAUUCCUUGUGCUGGAAUCUUAUGUCUCGAGCUGCUCAGAGCCAGCAAUCUCGCCCCACCUAUGCCACCAACAGAAGCACUCCCGAUACCAACUCCUGUACGACUCUCUCGAUCAGAAGUAGUGCAGACUUUAACGAUGUUCAUCGCAUUCCUGAGCUGGAUCCGCCCAACAGACAACAACGUCCAACUGUGCAUCAAAUUCAAGAAAGUCGUCAAGCGGAUUAUCGACACUGCUAUUGACGCUCCUCGCCCAACAUUCGCAGGACAGCAACGAACUCCCUUGCCGGCCCAACGACUUUCUGAAACCCCCCAACCGCAAAGUAUAACGCAUGAUCAACUUCUGCAGACACCUUUGCCUGCUGCUGAGCCUCAGACUGGGAUGGAUUUUAUGAGCGAUUUCGAUCCGGCUACGAUUGCUAUGGAUGACUUGGAUUGGCUCAAUACUGUCGAUUGGACACAGGGCGACUGGUUGGAGUUGAGCCAGCAGAACUAUCUUGGCUGA